AUGAUCCCGCAGUAAGUGCAAAUGAUAAAUGAUCUUUAAAAUUUUAGGUCCCAUCUAAGGAUAAGUAAAGCAAAUAGGACUUUUGAAAAUAACAAUGAUGAUUCAAUAGAGAGAUUAUAGAAGGAAUAUAAAGAGUUUAUUUAAAAUGAUAGGAGAAAUCAUCAGAGCUCAUAUAAUAUUCCAAAUGACUAGCCUCUUGAUCGAUUAGAAUCCUUUAUAGAUAGAAAGUUAGACUCUCGAAGCAGGAACUAUUCAAAUAAUAACAACAACAGCAGGAUCCAGUUAAAAAAUUUAAUGAAAUCUGAACCAAUGUAGGAUUUUAAUAGGGCCUCACAUGAAAGCACAACUCCAUAAAAGAGCAUUAAUAGUCAUAUAUUGCAAAAUAAUGUUACUCCUUACGGGUUUAAUCCUGAAUUAAAUUCAUAUAGGGCUCCUUCUCGAAGCUCAUCCUACAAUUAAGAGGCAUAUAGUAUUUCACACAGUUUAGGGUAUAAUUAGCAGGCAUAGGAAAAUUAUAGUCCAUCAAAAAACUAUUCUCACUUAGCAUAUGCAACCAAAUUACAGUAAUUAGAAAAAUAGAUAUUUGCUCAGCCCUACUAAUAUUAAAAUAUUUAGCAACCUAUUAACGAAAAUGAGUAGCAGUAAUUAGUAUAGCCAGAAUAUAAAUAAAACACUGUACCUAUAAUUAUUGAAAAGCCAGUUUUUAUUGAAAAGAAAAUAUACAUAGAAAAGCCUAUUUAUGUAGAAAAAGAGAUAGAAAUACCUGUUUACAAACCAGUUUAUAAAGAAGUAAAACAAGAAUUUCCUUAUUCUAAUCCAUAAUCAGAUAGAUCAAACUUAAAUUUGUUAGAAUAAACCCACUCAGUUCUCUCUUCCUCUUCAAAGAUUAUGAGUAAAAGCCCUUUAAAAAGAUAACAAACUAAUGAUAUUGCUUAUGCUUCACCACCAUUAAUAAACAAACCUUAAGAAGUGCCAAUACCAUAAAAAAAUAUACCUUCAAUCUCACCAGGAGUGUUAAAAAAAGCUAAAUUUGAAGGAUUAAGCUUUAUCUUUGAUGCAAUUAAAUAAAGUUUAGAGAAGAUUUUAAAUUUUAAUAGAGAUUUAAGUGUAGCACUUCUAGAAAACAAGCCCUCACAAUCAUCAGAUAAUUUAAAUUAUUUAGGUAUCAUUAACUCUGUUAAGGCAUUAUGUUUAGAUUUAAUGGGAGAUUUGGUAUAAAAUUUGAAAUAACAAAAUUUCACUUAGAAUGUGAAAUAUUUUAUUUAGAUUUACACAAAGGAAGAAAUAGUUCCUUGCUAAGGAUUCCAUCUUUUGUUUGAGCUUAAAAGAUUUUAAUUUAAUAGAUCUAAUAAUGUAGUAGGAAAGAGUUAUCAUAGAGAUAAUUUAAUCAUAUCUACAUUCUUUAUCAUAAGGAUUGUUAUAAAUUAGCUUUUGCUUAGAUAUAAAAGAUAUAAUCUUUAGCAUCAAGAAUAUGAUUUUACAUUUAACAAUGCAAAGAUUAUAGGAAGCGUAAUAUAUCACUUGAUUAGGCAUAACCUCCAAUAUAAUAAUCCCAAGCAUAAUAUAUAUAGUUAUAAAGUAGAGCCAUUGAAUGGAAACUUUUUGCUAGCGGAAGAUGAGCUAGAAUAAAUUGCUGAAAAGGUCCCUUCACUCUAUGGUGAAGACCAAAUGAUUUAUGGAAUGUUUGCUCAAAGUGAAAUAUAAGACAUAAUUAACGACGAUAAAUUUUUAAGAAAAUUUUACAAAUUUCAAGAAAAGUUUGUAUAAAUGAUAAACUAAUUUGCAAAGGAGUAAUGA